AUAACAUCCUAACCAAUGGAAGUCGAACAAUCAACUGCGUCCGAAACACGCAGUUAUUCUGCUGAUUCAGAUUCCGGGGAAGAAGAGGACGAAUUACCGGCAAUAUGUAUUAUGCCACCACGUCCAGGCACAGCGCCGAAGCACUUCCAGGAGCUGAAUAUACCGCGCGAGCAAUUGACGCCCGUUCACUAUCCUAUCCAGGAGGCACAACGUUGGCUCACCCUGAUGGGCAAGAAUGGCAAAGUCUAUCGCUUUCCACUGCCCACAAUAUUGCCAAAGGUCAUCCAGACGCGCUUCGUGCCCAAGGGUGAGAUACCCAAGGAUGUGGCCGUGGAUCGUCGCCGCAGACAAUACAGCAAAAUCAAUCUGAUCGAAGAGCUGAAGAAGGCCGGACUCACCGACGAUAUGCUGCAGCCCACCGAAGAGCAGUACAACUUGAUGUCCGAGUUCGCCUUUCCGCACAAGUUUCCACUGAGCUUCUUCGAUGACAGCAACUAUGACAUUAGCUCGCCAGCCGCUUGGUUUGAGCUGGGAGUUGUCGGGGAUGUCCAUUACCCGCUGCCGGCACGCGCCUAUCUGCCCUACAAUCGGAGCCUGCGCAGCUGCCGUUGGGUCACGGCAGCCGUAACAUUUUAUAAUGAGAAAACGGAUCUCUGGACGCUCAUCUCGAUGGACGAUGAGUGCAGCUACGAUGUGCCCAAGCUGCAGUUCAUGUUCCUUGCCGAGGAUCCGCACAAAUAUAUACAGCGUCUCAAGUCGGCCGUGCAUGAGCGGCACAAGGGCGAGCAGCUGAUGCUGAUGGAGCUGAUUGUGGACUGUGUGCUCCACGAUGAUAUUGAGUCGACGACUUUCGAGAGCUUCAAGCCCAUUGAGGACCUGCUGGCCAAGUCCACAGUCUCGGAGCAGUGCAAGCGUCGACUGCGCUCCGAGGUUAACAUCGUCUUCGAGCGCCUGAUGGCGCUCUAUGAGCUGGAGCAGUUCAUCAUACACAUGCCCAAGGAGUUCCCCCAAUUCCGGAAUAUCUCGCUCAAGGAAUUCCUGCCGACUGCUGCCCCCGUGGACUUUGCCGAUCAGGAGCGACGCGAACUGCAGGCGCUGGGCAUCAACAUCAAGGAGAAGCGCUACGGCUGGCUGAGGGCCAGCCUCUUCUACUGUGCCGGCGGCAUCGAGGCCAUGAGUGGCGUCGCUGGCGAAUGCCAGCACAUCGAGACUCUGAGCAUAUUCGUGGUCAACUUCAAUAAGCCCAUGGCCCUGGUUGACUUCCUGCAGUCGCAGGAGACGCACAGCGACAGUGUGUCCACCUUCCUGAAGGUCUACUGGCCCCAGCAGCUGACCACUGUGAUCACUGUGGUGCUGCGCGCCCUGGGCAAGGGCUGGCUGGACAUCUCGCUGAACAAUUGGACGGUGUACCAGAUGUGCAAGAUCUCGCAGUUCAUUUUGCAGGUGAAGUUCCGCAUGCAGGAGUCGAUGGAGGUGUUGCUGCUCUCCUCGCUGAUGAACUUCUCGAAGCUCGUCUGUGAUCCGUGCCAGCAGUUCCUGCAUCUGAAGAGCAAUUACAAGUGGACCAGUAAUUAUAUCGACACGGAAUUUCCCUAUGCAAAGCCCGUCUUUGCCCUGACAAUUGGCAUUAGUGACGAUCGCAAGGUCUUCUACUCCACCAAUCCGGAUGACUUUCAGCCCUCACUGAUGGACAUCUUCCGGCGUGGCCUGGAGAAGACAUCGGGUGUGCGCACAAUCGAAGCGGAAGUCAUGAGCAAUCUGAAAUUCGCCCACAAUCUAUUCAUCCUGACCGUCGAGCUGAUCGAGGACAGGUUCCUGAUUCAGAACGAGCUCAUGCGCGAUUGCUAUGCCCACGCCGUGCUGCCUCUGAAGGCCUAUGCCCGUCACUACGAGCGAUUCAUUGACUUCUACCUGCUGAAUGUCGUUGACUUUAUGAAGGACUAUGCCUUGGCUCGCAAGCCCUCGUCGCAGGUGAAAUGGGAUAUACUGGAGUACAAGCGAAGGAAGGAGGAGGUGCGCGAAAUAUUGCCAUCGUACAUAACCAUCGGACCGUUUUACAUCAAUGUGGACAAUCUGAAGCAGUUCUUGAUCAAGAAGUACAUUGACCUGGUGCGGCGCAUCUUCGAGUAUUAUGUGGAUCGCAUGUACGAGUCGACGGAGAACAUCAUCGAGCGUUGCCACGAGGUGUUCCACAAGAUCGCCCUGCGACCCGUCAGCAUCGAGCAUCUGUUCGAGAUCCGGGACUUUGCGCUGACCGUGCCCGACAUUGUGGAGCACCUGCGUGCCGACAUACAGGUGCUUUGGCUGGAGUACGACCUGCUCGAUAGCUUCUUUUACAAUCUGAGCGACCAUCAGUUUGCCAUGAAAUGGAACGCCUUUGCGUGGCCCUAUCAGAUCCUGGUGCGUUUGUCCACCCUGAAGGAGGAGCAGAAGCUCGACAUUGAUGAGUUCCUGCGUCAGCACUACAGCGAGUGCCAGGUCUUUGAGGAGCGUCUCGAGUCCCUGAAUGACGAGGUCCAAGCUUAUUCGCUCUGCUUCAAUCCGAAUCGAGCGAUGGAGACAUCGGUCGAUAUUAAAUUGACAUCGGCCUUGAUCCGGGAACUGGAGAAGCUGGGCCAAACGCUGCAAUAUCGCCAAGAGCUCUUCGAACUGGAGCCGCUGUCCACCGAGUUUCUGACCAGCAUUGUGAGGAGUUUUCAGCCCUAUCGAACGCUCUGGUAUGCCUGUGCCAACUUUCACAAAUUGGAGGAUGCCACUCUGGGUAAUCCCAUUGCGCUGAUUGAGCUGGACGAGGUGUGGAACAACUUGAUGAAUUUGCGCAAAGAACUGGUCCAGUCGCUGGACAACUUCAGCGAGAAGCCCGAGAUAAUGGAGGUGGCUAAUGUGUUCAUAGGGAAAAUUGACGGCUUCGUGCCCGUCUACCAGAGCGUCAAGGAUCUGCGCAACGAGAACUGGAUUUAUUUGCACUGGAUGGAACUGAGCCACGUGAUUGGCAACGAGAUCAAAUACACUGCGGCCAUGAACUAUCAGUAUCUGAUACGCAAGGGCGUGCUCGACUUCCUGCCCGAGCUCCACGAGAUCUCCGAGCGGGCCACCAAUGAGGCCGAAGAGAUCAGGCUGGCCAUCGAGGAGGAGGAGAAGCGCAAGCAGGCCGAGCUGAAUGCCAUGCUGUUGCGCAAACAGUUGCGCAAGUGCCGCAGGGAUAUCUGCUAAGAUAAUCGAGACA